AUGUUUUGGGGAUUGAUAAUGGAACCAAACAAGCGGUACACGCAAACCGUAGAAAAAGCAUUCCACGUGUCUAUGGCGACUCUUGAUGUUACGACCGCAGAUGAUGCAGUUGUUCAGGUUAUGCUAUGUUAUGAUAACCGUAAUUAUCUUUUGUGUAACUUGCUUAAAAGUUCAUCUCAAGCCCAGCUUGAUUUAAACUUCAAAGAAGGAACCAGAAUUUCAUUCACAUCUAACGGUCGUGGACAUGUACAUUUAACCGGUUAUUUGAUACCUGAUGAGUUAGAUGAUCUUGAGCAAGAUUUAGAAGAGGAAGAAAUUCCUGAAUUAAAUCAAAGUCAAGAAACUGCCAAGCAAAAUAAUUUGGUUAACGGCAAAGACAAAGGAGAAAUCAAAAAAAAGAACAAUGAAGAGCAAAAGCCUCAGAAUGAACAAUUGGCUAAGAAAAGAACUUUAACUGGCGGUGUAGCUAUUGAAGAGCUUAAAGUUGGUACUGGUGCUCCAGCUAAAUCAGGCAAAUUCAUUUCGGUCUACUACGUUGGGAGAUUAAAGAAUGGUAAAAAGUUUGAUUCAACUACAAGUGGAGAUGGUUUCAAAUUCCGUCUUGGUAAAGGAGAAGUUAUCAAAGGUUGGGACAUUGGUAACAUUAGAUCGCUUGAGCACUGUCACUAA